AUGACAGCUUUGCGAUUUGUCAGAUCUGUCUGGGAGUCCUUUCGGGCUACCUCAGGGUUAGAGCCUCGCCUGCUUGAUAAUCUUCGUGUAACUGCUGCACGACCUGGAACUGUCAACUUUGAGCUUGAUAUCCAGAAAGAGCACACGAAUAGACUCAGCAUCCUUCAUGGAGGGACAAUCGCCAGCAUGGUGGACCUUGGCGGCUCCCUAGCCGUAGCCUCUCGAGGUUUGUUCGCGACUGGUGUCUCGACAGAUCUUAAUGUAACAUACCUGAGUUCUGGAGGUAAAGUUGGAGACAGGAUCCAAGCAUGGUCAGAGGACGAGCCCUCGCAGGCCCAUGUCAUCCUAGACCAUGCGAAUUUUGGUCCAUCGAUAUGCCUAACCAAGUCGACAGUCGGGAAAACUCUAGCAUACACAAACAUCAAGUUCAUGAACUCCAAAGGCGAGGUCUUCGCAAGAGGCAGUCAUACAAAGUACGUUGCUCUCGCCUGGAAGGACCCCCAAAACAUUGUUGAGGAACUCGGUGGACGCAAGGAAUCGUAG